GUUUACCUCUGCUUGCGGACAAGCACAAAGUGAAGGGAGUUAGCCCCGGGAGUUAAUGUUAGCUGCGGCCCUUUGAGCAGAUCACUAAGGGCGACGAAGCAGGAAAGAGCUAAUGUGUAACCAGCCACGUUACAGGAACCUACGAGACAAAGACAGUAACCAGGAGAGAGAAGAAACAAACGAACUAUUGGAGAAGGAGGACCCAAGGUUUAAGGACAUUCAACAGAGGUCAUAUAUGUCCAACUCUAACACCGCUGAGUCUAUGCUGCUGUCAUGGUUAAAAAACUGCCUCAACACUACUACUUUACUGUUUCCACCGCUGCUUCAGAACUACACUAACGCUGUGAAUGGCACUCCCGCAAUUGCGCGCCCUGAACAGUCUCAGGGUAUUAUCUAUAUCUUCCUGGUCGUCGGCAUAUUCAGCUUUUUUGUAUUCUGCAUAAUGUUAAGAUUUAUUCGCUCCAAGAAACUAGAGAGCUCUCAUGAUCUGUAUCACCAGUACAUUGCUCACGAAUGGAGCAAAAAAGCAUCUCGGUCAAGAGCUGCUUUUCAUGCCUCAAAAAAACAGGUGUUGAAAAUUGAACAGCCAGUUGUCAUUUGCAACCCACAAACAACGGUUGAGCUGCCUGAAAAAGAAUGAUACAUUAUACCAGUGGUAGCCAAACUUUCUCGGCAGGCCCACUUUGGUCCAUAAGAAAUUUUUGCGCCCACCGCCCAAAAAUAAAACAAAACAGACAAACAAACAAAAGAAGAAAAAUUAAAAACCAACGACAUACACACUUUUUUUUUUGAUUUGUUUUGUUUAUUUCAAAGAUUUUAAAUGUAACUGUU